AAUUUUAUUAUAUUUCUUUAAAUAUCUUAAUUUGUUGUUAUUUAAUUAUUGCAAAUGCACAAGUUCAGAGAGAGAUCAAUUACUGGGAUCAAGGAGCAAUCAGAGGAUGUUUUUGCUGAUUCAUAAAGAGGAGGAAGAAGAAGAACCUUGAAUAACAUUCUUGAGAACAACCAUGGAUGUGGCUUUGCUGGCACAGAGGCCACUCAGUUGCAGAACAGUGUUCAAUCAGAGAAGACACUUGGAGCUCAAACCUUUUCUUGGGUUCUUUCCUCAUGGAAGAAUUACUCAUUUCUCUCAGUCUUCUUCGUGGCAAAAAGAGUGCCAGGGAGUUGGGGUUACUGCUAGUGCAGGGAGGAGACCGAAGAAAAUGUCAAAUGCGAGGCCUAAAGGCCCUGCUCCAGACGGACUCACGCCAAAAACCCCGGUGAGAACGAGUACCCAGAAGAGGGACCAAACAAAUAAUGAAGAGAAAGAGGGCUCAAUUGAAGCUACUGGAGAAACCAAUGAUAUUUCAGAUAUUGCUGUGAGAAAUCAAGUGUUGAAAAAUGUAAGUAUAGCUAGAGUCGAUAAGGAUGCGGUAGAGUUACAGAAGACGGAAACAUAUUCCGGAAGUGAUAUUGAGAACAUUCCUGAUAGAAUGGCUUCAGAAGGAAGACACCUGGAUGACAGAAAGACUGAUGACGCUACAAAAGAAAAAAGCGCUGAAACUGAUGAAAAGAUGAUUGAAGAAGUAUCUCUAAAGUUACAGUUGGAGAUGGAAGCGAAUUUGCGUAAGGAGAAAAUUGAGAUGCUGGCUGAGGAGAACUUAUCAAGAGGGAACAAGAUGUUUGUUUUUCCGCAACUGGUGAAACCUGAUCAAGAUAUAGAAGUUUUCCUUAAUAGGAGUCUCUCCACUUUAAAUAAUGAGCCAGAUGUUCUCAUAAUGGGAGCCUUCAAUGACUGGAGAUGGAAAUCUUUCACAAUGAGGUUAAAGAAAACACAUCUGAAAGGGGACUGGUGGUCCUGCCAAGUUCAUGUUCCCAAGGAAGCCUACAAGAUGGACUUUGUUUUUUUCAAUGGGCAAAAUGUCUAUGACAAUAAUGAUACAAAGGAUUUCUGUGUAACUGUUGAAGGUGGAAUGGAUGUGUUCAACUUUGAAGAUUUCUUGCUCGAGGUGAAACAUAAGGAACUAGAGAAACUUGCUAAGGAGCAAGCUGAAAGGGAAAGACAAAUAGAGGAACAGAGACAAAUAGAAGCAGAGAGAGCUGCACAUGAAGCUGAUAGAGCGCAGGCAAGGGAGGAGACUGAAAAAAGGCGAGAAGUUUUGAAAAAGUUUAUGAAAAUGGCUGCAAGGUCUGUUGAUAAUGUUUGGUAUAUAGAGCCUAGUGAGUUUAAAGGUGAAGACUUGGUCAGGUUAUAUUAUAAUAAAAUUUCUGGCCCCCUUGCUCAUUCGAUGGAACUUUGGAUUCAUGGGGGGCAUAAUGGUUGGAAGGAUGGAUUGUCCAUUGUUGAAAGGCUUGUCAGCUUUGAAGAAAAGAAUGGCGACUGGUGGUAUGCUGAUGUUGUUGUACCAGAUCGAGCACUUGUCUUAGAUUGGGUUUUUGCUGAUGGACCACCUCAGAAUGCCGUUGUGUAUGAUAACAAUCAACGCCAGGAUUUCCAUGCCAUUGUCCCAAAAGGCAUUCCGGAAGAACUGUAUUGGGUUGAGGAAGAACAAGAGAUAUUUAGGAAACUCCAAAAGGAGAGGAGGUUAAGAGAAGAGGCUGUACGUGCCAAGGCUGAAAGAACAGCACAUAUGAAAGCCGAAACGAAGGAAAGAUCUUUGAAAAGAUUUUUGCUAUCUCAAAAGCACAUAGUCUACACUGAGCCUCUCGAUGUUCAAGCAGGAAGCACGGUGACAGUUUUCUAUAAUCCUGCCAACACAGUUCUGAAUGGAAAGCCUGAAGUUUGGUUCAGAUGUUCAUUUAACCGUUGGACCCACCGCAAGGGUCCCUUACCACCUCAGAGAAUGUUGUCUGUGGAUAAUAAUACUCAUGUCAAAGCCACUGUCAAAGUUCCAUUGGAUGCAUACAUGAUGGAUUUCGUAUUCUCUGAGAAAGAAGAUGGUGGAAUUUUUGAUAACAAAAAUGGCACGGAUUAUCACAUACCUGUGUUUGGAGGAAUUGCUAAGGAGCCACCAAUGCACAUAGUGCAUAUUUCUGUUGAAAUGGCUCCCAUUGCAAAGGUUGGAGGCCUUGGUGAUGUUGUCACUAGUCUAUCUCGUGCUGUUCAAGAUUUGAAUCACAAUGUGGACAUCAUUCUUCCAAAGUAUGACUGUUUGAACCUUAGCAAUGUGAAGGACUUUCAAUACAACAGAAGCUAUUCCUGGGGUGGGACUGAAAUUAAAGUAUGGUUUGGGAAGGUGGAAGGCCUUUCUGUCUACUUUUUGGAGCCCCAAAAUGGUUUUUUUUGGGCAGGUUUCAUAUAUGGCGGUAGGAAUGACGCAGAGAGGUUUGGUUUCUUUUGCCAUGCUGCUCUUGAAUUUCUUCUCCAAAGUGGAUUUCAUCCUGAUAUCAUCCACUGCCAUGAUUGGUCUAGUGCACCAGUUGCGUGGUUGUUUAAGGAGCAUUACGUGCAUUAUGGUCUCAGUAAAGCUCGGGUGGUCUUCACAAUCCAUAACCUUGAAUUUGGGGCACACUUCAUUGGGAAAGCUAUGAAAUACUCAGACAAGGCUACAACUGUAUCUCACACUUACUCAAAGGAGAUUGCUAGAAAUCCUGCAGUUGCUCCCCAUCUCUAUAAGUUCCAUGGUAUCUUGAAUGGAAUUGACCCUGAUAUAUGGGACCCCUAUAAUGAUAAGUUCAUUCCUGUAUCGUACACUUCGGACAAUGUUGUUGAAGGUAAAAGAGCUGCCAAGGAAGCCUUGCAACAAAUGCUUGGUUUGAAAACAUCUGAUCUCCCUUUAGUAGGAGUUAUCACUCGCUUAACUAAUCAAAAAGGAAUCCAUCUCAUCAAGCAUGCCAUCUGGCGCACCUUAGAUCGCAAUGGACAGGUUGUAUUGCUUGGUUCAGCCCCAGAUCCUCGUGUUCAGAAUGACUUUGUCAAUUUGGCCAAUCAACUGCAUUCUAUUCAUGGUGACCGUGCUCGCCUUUGUUUGACGUAUGAUGAGCCUCUCUCACACUUGAUAUAUGCUGGUGCUGACUUCAUUCUAGUCCCUUCAAUUUUUGAGCCAUGCGGACUGACCCAGCUUAUCGCAAUGAGAUAUGGUUCAAUACCAGUUGUUCGAAAAACUGGAGGACUUUAUGACACUGUAUUUGAUGUUGACCAUGAUAAAGAGAGAGCACAAGCACAUGGUCUUGAACCAAAUGGAUUUAAUUUUGAUGGAGCUGAUGCUGCUGGUGUUGAUUAUGCUCUCAAUAGGGCAAUCUCUGGUUGGUUUGAUGGUCGGGAUUGGUUUAACUCAUUAUGCAAGAGAGUGAUGGAGCAAGACUGGUCUUGGAACCGGCCAGCUCUUGACUACAUGGAGCUUUACCAUGCAGCACGCAAGUGAAACAAGAUUUGAUUAGACAUGAAGAUUCAGAUGGAAUUCAAUAUUCUUUCACACUUUUGUACAGGUUUAGUUAUGUCUUGAUCAAAUUUUUCUCAUUAAAUUGCUUUAUUUAGUUGCACAUAAUCCACCGUUGUCAGAAUAAUGCAAGAUGCAUGUUGUAUAGCUCAAAAUGGUUAAUCCAUUUUUGUGUAGCAUAUAACAAUAGGUUAGCUUAAUGUCAUCUUUGUACUUGAUCAUUAUCAGUUCUUGUCAAAACAAGUAAAUUAUGAAAAUAAAUUAAAUGAAAGUUGUUUUCUGAGA